AUGUCCAGGGAAAAUUCUCCAUAUAUUCAUAUUGAAAGAACACUCUUAAUUAUUAAGCCGGACAUUAUUAAUUAUGCAGAUAAAAUAGAAGAGCUUAUCUUACAAAAAGGAUUCUUGAUAAUACAGAAGAGACGCGUUCAUUUGACACCAGAACAAGCAAGCGAAUUUUAUGCAGAACAUUACGGGAAAAUAUUUUAUGCAACAUUAAUUGCCUACAUUAGCAGUGGUUCGAUAGAAGUACUAGUCAUAGCUAGAGAAAAUGCUAUAUCUAUUCUUCAUGAAUUAAUUGGUCCACAAAAUGCAUUUAAAGCUAAGGCGACGGCACCUGCAAGUUUAAGAGCUAUUUAUGGUACAGAUGAUCAACAGAAUGGAAUACAUGGAAGCGAUUCGUUUACAAGUGCUGAAAGAGAAAUCAGAUUCUUCUUCCCAGAUAUGAUCGUUGCACCGAUCCCCGUAAGACUUGCAGCAAAAGAUUACUUAGUUCGGAAUGUAAACCCAACUUUACUAAAAGGUUUGACAGAACUGUGCAAACAAAAACCUAAGGAUCCAGUACUUUGGCUGGCCGACUGGCUGCUGGAAAAUAAUCCAAAUAAACCUCAUCCCAUCGAUAUGGUCACCUCUUGA